AUGAAAUUCCUCUUGCUGGUUGYUCUGCUUGCAGGGAGCGUUACUGCGCACACCAUCAACCGUCGGGCGGUGUGGCAGUUCCGCAAUGUGAUCAAGUGCACGAUCCCCGGGAGUGACCCCUAUAAGGACUACAACAACUAUGGCUGCUUUUGUGGCUUGGGUGGCUCAGGCACCCCUGUGGAUGAAUUGGACAGGUGCUGCCAGAAACACGACGCCUGCUACAACCAGGCCAAAAAGUUGCCCAGCUGUAAAUUCCUCGUGGACAACCCCUACACCAACACUUACUCAUAUACCUGCUCUGGGACAGAGGUCAUCUGCAGCAGCAAAAACAAAGAAUGCGAGGCUUUCAUCUGUAACUGYGACCGCGAAGCUGCCAUCUGCUUUUCCAAGGCUCCAUACAAUAAGGAGCACAAGGACCUGGAUACUGACAAAUUUUGUUAA